ACAGUGUGGAAUCAGUUUCACUCAAAAAGGCAUGCUUAGCAGGCACAUAAGGAUUCACACUGGGGAGAAGCCUUUUACCUGCCAACAGUGUGAAAAAAGUUUCAAUAGAAAAGAAAACCUUAAUUUGCACAUGAGAGUUCACACUGGGGAGAACCCUUUCACCUGUCAACAGUGUGGAAUAAGUUUUACUCACAAAGGAAACCUUAACAGACACAUGAGAAUUCACACUGGAGAAAAGCCUUACACUUGCCAACAGUGUGGGAUAAGCUUUACUCAAAAAGUAAGCCUUGAAAGACACAUGAGAAUUCACACUGGGGAGAAGCCUUACAUUUGCCAAUGGUGUGGAAAGAGUUUCAGUGAGCAUGGAAGCCUUAAAGUCCACAUGAGAGUUCACACUGGAGAGAGUCCAUUUAUCUGCCAACAGUGUGGAAAAAGCUUCAUUCAAAAAGGAAUCCUUAAAAGACACAUGAGAAUUCACACUGGGGAGAAGCCUUACACUUGCCAACAGUGUGGAAAGAGUUUCAGUGAGCAUGGAAGCCUUAAAGUCCACAUGAGAAUUCACACUGGAGAGAAGCCUUACGUGUGCCAUCAGUGUGGAAAAAGUUUCAAACGAAAAGGAGACAUUAAUUACCACAUGAGAGUUCACACUGGGGAGAACUCUUACACCUGCCAACAGUGUGGAAAAAGUUUUACUCUAAAAGGAAGCCUUAACAGGCACAUGAGAAAAUUACACUGCAUACAAUCAACACAAUCUUAAUGAACACAUGAGGACUCAAAAGAGAACUGUUUUAUUCUUUUGAAUAAAACCAGCAAGUUCUAUUUAGUGACUGAGUGUUUGUUUGGCAUGCUGAUCUCUUUAUACAGUUCCAGCUUCCUGUCACAUGAAUGGUCACAUGACAGGCCAACCAUACAUUUCUUAAAGACAUACACACUAAAAUAUUAAGAGGAAUAAAAUGGACUUAAGAAAACAUGUAAACCAGUUAAAACUCUAUUAUACAUAAAAUCAUUGCAAUAAAUAGAGCGGUAAAACAUGUCUCUUGUGUAACAGUGUCACAAACUAGCAGUGGAUGCAAGCCUUUCAUGUGCCAUCACUGUGGAAAGACUUUCAGAAACAAUCCUACUGUGAACCUCAAGAAACCCAGAUAGAAAACCAAAUCAAUGUGGAAGGAGUUUCACAGACAGGAAUCAUGUAAUAACUUGUAACGAUCAGCCUAACAGGCUGGGUGUGAUGAGAGGGAUGGGGCUGAGAGCCG